AUGGCGCAAGUUAAGAACACGCAAGUGAUUCUGAAGGAUUAUGUUACUGGUUUUCUUAAAGAAUCAGACAUGAACAUAGUUGACAGUACCAUAACUCUUAAGAUUCCAGAAGGUUCCAACGAUCUUGUUCUGCUAAAGAAUCUCUACUUGUCUUGUGAUCCAUACAUGCGAGGUCUGAUGAACAAACCAAAAGAAUCUGUCAUUCCUCUUGCCUACACCCCUCAAUCUCCGAUAGCCGGUCGUGGCGUGUCGAAAGUUCUGGAAUCUGGAUACCAAGAUUAUAAGGAAGGUGAUUUGGUUUGGGGGUUUACUAAAUGGGAAGAGUACAGCUUGAUUCCUGCAGCUCAAAUACUUUUCAAAAUUGAGCAUACUGAUGUUCCACUUUCUUACUAUACCGGAAUUCUCGGUAUGCCGGGAAUGACUGCUUAUGCUGGUUUCUUUGAAGUAGGAAGUCCUAAGAAAGGAGAGAAUGUUUUUGUUUCAGCUGCCUCUGGUGCUGUUGGUCAGCUUGUUGGCCAAUUCGCCAAAUUGCACGGUUGCUAUGUCGUUGGAAGUGCUGGAACUAAAGAAAAGGUGGAUCUGCUGAAGAAUAAAUUUGGAUACGAUGAAGCCUUUAACUACAACGAAGAGCAAGACCUCAACGCAGCAUUAAAAAGGUAUUUUCCGGAAGGCAUUGACAUUUACUAUGAGAACGUUGGAGGAAAGACACUUGAUGCUGUACUCUUGAAUAUGAAACUCAAUGGACGCAUACCUGUGUGUGGAAUGAUCUCACAGUACAAUCUUACGCAACAUGAAGGCGUAACGAAUUUGGCACAUCUUGUAUAUAAACGGAUUCGUAUGCAAGGUUUUGUUGUAGGUGAUUUCUAUCACCUGUAUGCCAAAUUCUUGGAGUAUGUCCUUCCUUAUAUCAGAGAAGGGAAAGUUGUGUAUGUGGAAGACAUAGCUGAGGGACUUGAGAAAGGCCCAGCAGCAUUGGUGGGAUUAUUUAGUGGUCAGAAUGUUGGUAAACAAGUGCUUGUUGUUGCUCAUGAAUGA